AUGGACUCUCAAGAUUUGAACGUAAACCCAGAUGGCUCAAGGUAUCCAGCCAGCGGUCAGCCAGGAGCCAAAGCUGAAGGCUUCAACGACUCAAAGAAUCACAAUGAAGAUAUGGAUGACAACCAGCAAGAUGAAGGUGAAGCCGACAUCGAAGAAUUUAUUGAAAUACUUGAAGAGCACUGUAAAAAUUGUGAAAAUGAAGGCAAAUAUGUCGAAGCUGAGAUGGCCAAAAACAGGAUAAAAGAACUCAAAGAGCAGAAAAAGCAAAUGGACUUGGAAGAGCUCAUGAACAGACAACAAAAUGAAAAUAUUGAGCUUGAAGAAACCCAUAUUCUUGAGUUCAAUAAUUUUAACCAGGAUUGGGACAAGAGAAUGAACGCUUUUCAGAUCCAUAGUUCCACCUUGAUCAAAGAUCUAGAGCAAAAGCAUAUCGCGAAGCAUGAGGAGUGGAAGGAAAGCCUUGAUGAGAAAAUCCCAGCUAAAUUCAAACCCUCUUCAGAGCUCCUUAAUCUGAGAAGGAUCCAAAUCAGCUUGGCCAAGCAGAAGGAGUAUAAGGAAGCUCAUCAAGUCCAGAUCCGAUCUCAGAAGCUUGAGAAAGAGGAGAAAGCUAGGUACGAGGAAGAGAGAAACGGCAAGAUCAUGAAGUCAGAAGAAAAGCUUUUCCAGCAACAAGAUAAUGAAAUGGAAGCUCUCAGAAAAAGAAUAAUUGCAGGCGAGAAUGAACAGAAGAAGCAACGUGCACUUGAGCUUGAGAGAAUGUUCCAAAGAUACCAGAACGUUAAAAAGGAGCUAGAAAACCAACAUAAGAUGGAAAGGAUUAGGCUUGAGAAGGGCCAGACAUUCGAUCCAAAUGCUAGCAAGAUGAGCAGAAUGUCUGCCAGACCAAAGACUGCUAGCUCUAGAGGAGGCCAAAGGUCCUCUGCAAAGAAACACAGAGCGGCUGCACCACCCAGCAAUACAGGAUAUGGAAGAUUUUAA